CGUUAAUCUUAUAUCAAAAUAUAACCAUGAGAUCAUUCCGUGAGAUAUAUGAAGAUUUAACUACGUCUGAAAAUAACAGUUCUGCUUAACCUACGGCUGCAAAAGGAUUACAAAGGUUUAUCAUCAGGCGAAGAAUGACACCUAAUUUUCUGUUGUUUGCCUUGUCUGUGCUGGGGAGUUUCUGUCUUGUCAAUGCGACUUGGCCACCAGCUUGCACCAUAAACCCGUGCAAAAACAGUGGAAUUUGCGUGCCCUCUUCAGUUGGCUACUAUUGUCGCUGUACCGGUUCUUACACGGGCAGGCUAUGUGAGAAAGCCAUCAACGCAUGCCUAUCGAACCCAUGCUUAGGAGGAGGGACAUGCGCAGUGGGAUCAUACAAUCGUCACUGGUACUGCAUCUGUCCAUCUGCAAAAACUGGUCUGCGCUGUGAACAAGUGAUUCAUGAUUGCUCAAGUCAACCAUGUCAAAAUGACGGCAGCUGUUGUGAAAAUCAGAGUGGAUAUACCUGUGACUGUAAACCAGGAUUUACUGGAAAUUACUGUGAGACAGAUAUUGAUGAGUGCUUGUCUGAGCCCUGUCAAAAUGGAGCAACAUGUGUAGAUCAAGUAAAUGGCUACAGUUGUACUUGUCGUGUGGGACUGGAGGGAAGGCACUGCGAAAGAAAAAAACUCGGCUGCCAGAGCACCACAUGUCUGAACGGAGGGUCAUGCGCAGAGUCCAAUGACGGGAUGUGGUACUGUGUCUGUCCCAGAACAUACAAGGGCAUACAAUGCGAACAACUUGUUAAUGACUGUUCAAGCCAUCCAUGUCAAAAUGGCGGGAGUUGCUGUGAUAAAGGCGAUCAUUAUGAUUGUACAUGUCCUGAUGGAUUUAGUGGAAAACACUGUGAAACAAAACCUAUUUCUCCUUCGUCGCCAAGUAGCGUUACACCAUCUUCUUCAGGGCUGAUUGUUACAAGUACCACCUCUUAUGUGGUAACAUCUUGUUUUGGAUCGACAUCUUCUUCCUUUCCAAGUAGCGUUUCACCAUCACCUUCAGUAUGUGAUUGCGUUCACAGUCAUGGAAUAUGUAGAGAUGGUACCUGUGUCUGUCAUAUGUCCUAUUAUGGGCCAAGAUGUGAAUAUGAAUAUAACCUUUGCACUGUUGGAUUUUGUGGUACCACGGCUGCAUGCUCAAAAAUUCAGGGCGACUUGUACACAUGUAUUUCAACAUAUCAUCGGCCUUCAACGACUGCCUUGACUUCGACUCCGUUUACAACAAUACAAUCAACAUCAACAAUUAUGUGGAUAAUCGAUCAUAUCUGUGACAUAUCUCAGCCGUGUCGUAAUAAUGGCAUAUGUAUUAAAACCGGCUCGACACAUGGAUACCGCUGUCAGUGUGGUCCAGGAUAUACUGGGAGAAACUGCGAGAACUACUUGUUCUUAACAACCUCGAUUCCGCUUUCGACAAUUCUGCCAACAACAACUCUACCUCAUAUUCCUCAAACAUUAUCGUCUUCUGUUGUUAUUAACAAACGAUCCAGGCGAGAUAUUUUGAAAAAUAUCGAGAAUUCAGACGUAGAGGACAAGGAAUUGAAAAGGAUUUGCAAAUUAAAUGAGCUUAAAGCAAAGAAAAUCUUCAACGACAAACAACUCGCAAAGAAAAGCUGGAAAAACCUUCACCCAGGAAUCAAAGCCGUCCUCAUCGACCUGGUUGCCAAUAACGACCACCGUAGACUAUCAGGUACGCAUGCGCAGAUCAAGAAAGCCGUGGCGGGAAACGACUUGAUGGAAAUGUCCCGGAUAAUGGCCGAGAGGAACCUGUGGAAGAGAGUGCCAGUCGCGCGUUUCUGGAAGAGGAAGCAAAUGAUGAAGAAGGUGGUGAAAAAUCCUUGGAAGUCAUUGGUCGAAAGCCAAGUGGUUUGUUAAACAAGUAAUUAAUGGGUAAAUCAAAAAAGGUUUAAGGGAAAACUUUUGUUUGGGAAAAUUGUCGUUUAUUCUCGACAAAAUGCUAGGGUGAAAAUAUUUUAACUUCACGUUAUCAGACUGAGUAAUUUUAUGAUCAAAAAUGUUCUAGUUGUCGCACAAAGUUGUAAACACAUUGCAUUAUCGAAACGUUAUUAACCAAAGGCAAUGACAUUAAUAAAAGUAAAGCUUAAAAAUUCAUAUAAUAUUAUUACAAUUACACUUAAUAUUUCUUUUAACCAAAUAAAAAUUAAUUCCCUCAAGCUGCAAAAAUAGUUG